GGAAAAGGAUAGCUUCUAGUGUGUCUCCUGAAAGUGUAAAAAAGCAAAGAAAAGAAUUGAUUGAACAGACAUUGGCUGAGUAUGACAUGAAUAUAACAAAAAUAUCUGAAGCAGGCAACUCAAGGAUAUGUAGAACAGAUGAAUACCUACCGGAGAUGUGCCGUGCCAAUGUGUACAAGUUCGACCAAGAAUUAUCCUAACAAAUUGUAUAUAACCGUUCCCAAUAAUCCACAACGCCGAAAGCGGUGGUUACAAUUAGCACGUCGAGACCCGAAGUCUACGUCUGCUAAAUCUACUAUUUUCUUUUGUGAAGACCACUUCGAUCUACGUAAAGAUAUGGAAAAUUACAUUAAAUAUACUACAAUGGGUUCUGUUUGUAAAAUCAGAAUGAAGCCAGAUUCUUUGCCAUCAAGAUUUAUAUGUCAACUAGACAGAAUAAAACGUACUGCUCCUCCACAGCCUCGUUCUGUUGUAAGAAAAAGGCAACAUAUGCAUUUAAUACAAGAAAUCAUGUCCCGGGAGAGUGAAAUGCCAUCAACUUCAGGAAUCACAAGCAAUAGUGAACCAACUUCAACUCAACAAGUUCCACUUCCAUAUAGCUCAAAGUCUCAAGAAAGUAAAAAACUGGAAACUUAUGUGUCUAUAGAACCCAAGAAAGAGCCUAUAGAUUUGGAAACAGAAUAUACAGUACCCAAGGAAGAACCUACAGACCUGGACCCUUUAGUAUCUCUAGUACCCAAGGAAGUACCUACAGACCUGGAAACUUUAGUGUCUCUAGAAAAUGUCGACAAAUGCAAGUGUUGUCUAAGUGAGAUGGAACUGAAGACUCUUUGGGAUCAACACGAAUUCGAAGGGGACGGAGAAGUUUACGGCGAAAUGUUGAACGAAUGUUUUGGUAUUUCGUGGCAACCAUCGGCCGCUCGCGAGUCAAUCUGCGAGGUCUGCGUCGUGAGCCUUCGGCAGGCACUGCAGUUCAAGCGAGCCAUCAUAGCCACGCAGGAGAUACUGAUGGGAGGUGUCCAAGCUGUAAAGGAUCAUGUCAAACAUGAGGAGGACGUUGACCAGAGUCCAACGGAUGUGGCGUACGAGGACGUGCAGUACCUUGAGGAAGAUUGUGAUGACUCACCAGAAGUUGACGUUAUAAAAGAAACAAUCAAAGAAGAAAUAAACGAUCUCGAUGAGGAAAUACAGUGGGAAAAUUUGCUCCACAACCCGCAGAAGUCCAACUGUUUAUAUUGCAAAGAAAAAUUCGAAGUUCCCUUGCAUUCGCACAUGAGUGAAAAACACAGUGAAAUAGUGAAAAACUUGACUUGUGAAGUGUGUGGUGAAGUGUUCUCGUGGACGUCAUUGCUUGUUGCUCAUAAGAAAAAACACAACAGUAGACACAAAUGCGUGUAUUGUUCGAAAGUGUUCCAAAACCCUCACAAGUUGGUGAGUCAUAUGAUCACUCACACUCAUAAAAACUCAUCUACGAUUUUCAUUUGAUUUUGUUAAAUAAAAUCUUAUUGGUUUUGAAAGUUAUGGAUUAUAACUGUUUUUAGACGUAUCCCGAAAAUAUCCCGGUUUUUUGUGUAUUCAUUUGUUAAUAAUGACUUAAUUUUCCCGAAUAGUUCAUAAAAAUUGAUAUAUUCAGAGGUAACCAAUUUUUUAUUUGUAUUAAUUUGUUGGUUCUUAGUCAAAUGAAUAAAUAAAACACGGCGGUAGACACGUGUAUGUAUUGUUCAAAAGUGUGUAGAAACCCUCACAAGUUGGAGUCUCACUCACACUCGUGGAAGAGUGUUUGAGUGUACGAAGUGUGAUGAAACGUCCACGAGCAUUGCUACUCGGACAAAACAUAUUGUUGUUCAUUCAUAGUGAAAUAGUUAAUAAUUUGAUGUGUGUGUGACGUCACACUGGCAAAGAAUGAUUAACUCGUAUGGACAUACAAACAAAAGUACAGAUAUCUUUGUUUAUACUUCUUAUAAGAAGAAAUGUCACAUUGAAUGUAAGGAACUUAAAAUUAUACCUACGAUUUUCAUUUGAUUUUGUUGAAAAAAUCUGAUUGUUUUUGAAAUUUUCUUACUAUAUUUAUUUUAGAAAUAUCCCGACAAUUUAUGUUUUUUAUGUAUUAAUUUGUUAAUAUUGAAUAAAUUUCACGAAUGGUUCAAAACUGAAAAUAUUCAAAGGCAGUCAAAUAACCAAUUGUUUAAUUGUAUCAACUUGUUGGUUCUUAGUCAAAUGAAUAAAAAAAACACGACGAUAGACACAUCUAUGUAUUGUUCAAAAGUGUUCAUAAACCCUCACAAGUUGGGAGUCUCACUCACACUCGUGGAAGAGUGUUUGAGUGUGCGGCGUGUGAUGACACGUUCACGAACAUUGCUUCCCUGAGAAAACAUAAUGUUGUUCAUUCAGUGAGAAACAGUGAAAUAAUUAAUAAUUUGAAGCGUGUGCCUAUGAAAAAAUAAAACUUGGUUGAACAUCAUACUACUUGUUCUUCUUUCUUGUCUAUGGCAUUUUGUAACAUCAUACUAAAUACUGUGUGUGUGAUGACACACAGAUGAGAACAUAACUUGUAUGGGUAUUCAAACAAAAAUGCAGAUAUCUUUGUUAUUUGUGCAUUCAUCUGUAAACUUCUCAUAAUAAAAAAUGUCACAUUAAUUGCAAGGAACCUAAAAUUAUACGAUUUCUCAUUUAAUUACUUUAUAAAAUUUGAAAUUAUUGAACCUUUUGUACCUAAAUCAAUUUUCGUUUUUUAUGUAAUUAGUUGAUAUUGAUUUAAUUUUCCCAAAUCACUCAUAAAAAUCAAUAUGUAUAUUGAAAGGGAAAUAACCCGAUUGUAAUUGUUUUUUAGU